AUGAUUGUUAGUGAUUACUAUGGUAAAAUAUUAGCUGUGAAAACAAAUCAUGGUGGUCGUACACAUGACGCCAGAGUCUGGAGUUCCUCUCAGUUAUCAAGACAUAUGUUAAGAGAAUAUGAGAAUGGAAGACGAAAUGCCUGGUUAAUAGGAGAUUCUGGAUAUCCCUUGUUGCCAUUUUUAAUGACGCCUAAAUUAAAUCAGCCACCGAGAUCUCCAGGUGCAUCAUAUACAGAUAGUCAUGUUAGAGCGCGAUGUUCAAUAGAAAAAACAAUAGGAGAAUUAAAAGGCAGAUGGAGAUGCUUACGAAAAGAAAGAGCUUUGCAUUAUGCACCAGAAUUUUCAGCACGUAUAGUAAAUGCAACAUGUGUACUGCACAACAUUGCUAAGCACUAUAAUGUUCCAGCAAAUGAAAUAUAUAUAGAAGAUGAUAUAGAGAUUGAAGAGAUAGAAAUAGAGAACAAUGUUAAUAUGCGUGCAAGAGGGAAUGCUGUUCGAGAAACAUUGAUACAACAAUAUUUUACAUAA